GACAGUUUUAGUUAGCCACAAGGCUUAACACUCUCGAGUCCCAGCGGAACCUAUAGAAACCCACAGGUUGUUCCCCUGGCUAGCUUAACGCUGGUUGGUAGUUACUAGCAGUCACUGCAAGCUGGAGGUACCGUCCCGCUGCGCUGCGCUGACUCUGACCUGCGGAGGCGAUCCGAAGAGGACAGCGUAUCGAUAACUCGCCGCGCCGCGUUCCAUAAAUAUUUCCUGUCACCAUCAUUCCCUCGCUUCUGACCACUUACCAUUCUUUGCUUUCUUUUCUCUCUGUACACCUCCUCCCUUACGACCUCUCUUCAACAUGGCGCGUCAAGCGUCCAGAUCCUCGUCUGCUUUGCAGUGGACUACCCUCUUCUACCUCCUCCUCAUCUUCGUAUGCCCCCUGGCGCUGAUCGGCUCGGCCCAGGCGAAAGGAGAUCAGACACCUCUCAACGAGUCAGACGCCAAUUAUGGCACGGUUAUUGGUAUUGAUUUGGGUACAACCUACUCCUGCGUCGGUGUGAUGCAGAAUGGAAAAGUCGAAAUCAUUGUCAACGACCAAGGAAACCGAAUCACACCCUCGUACGUGGCCUUCACCGAUGAAGAGCGGUUAGUGGGCGACGCGGCGAAGAACCAGUACGCACAGAAUCCUACGCGGACAAUUUUUGAUAUCAAACGAUUAAUCGGUCGCAAAUUCUCCGACAAAGAUGUGCAACGAGACAUCAAACACUUCCCGUUCAAGGUCAUCAACAAAGAUGACAAGCCUAUGGUCCAGGUCGAGGUUGCUGGUCAACCAAAGGUCUUCACUCCCGAGGAAAUUUCCGCAAUGGUUUUGGGCAAGAUGAAGGAAGUUGCGGAAGCAUACUUGGGCAAGAAGGUCACUCACGCCGUUGUCACGGUUCCAGCCUACUUCAACGACAACCAGCGACAAGCGACAAAAGAUGCCGGCACGAUCGCCGGUCUGACCGUUCUCCGAGUGGUCAACGAGCCAACGGCCGCUGCCAUUGCCUACGGACUUGACAAGAAGGGCAAAGAGAGCCAGAUUAUCGUUUACGACUUGGGUGGCGGUACCUUCGAUGUCUCUCUGCUGUCGAUCGAAGACGGUGUUUUCGAGGUCUUGGCUACGGCUGGUGAUACCCAUCUCGGUGGUGAAGAUUUCGAUCAGCGAGUCAUCGACCACUUUGUCAAGCUGUACAACAAGAAGCACGACGUGGACAUCAGAAAAGAUCUCAAGACCAUGGGUAAACUGAAGCGUGAGGUCGAAAGAGCCAAGCGAACCUUGUCGUCGCAAAUGUCCACUCGCAUUGAAAUCGAGGCCUUCCACAACGGCAACGAUUUCUCCGAGACUUUGACCCGGGCCAAAUUCGAGGAAUUGAACAUGGACUUGUUCAAGAAGACUCUCAAGCCGGUCGAACAAGUCCUGAAAGAUGCCAAGGUCAAGAAGACCGAUAUCGACGACAUUGUCCUGAUCGGUGGUUCUACUCGUAUUCCCAAGAUUCAGUCCAUGAUCGAGGAAUACUUUGGUGGCAAGAAGGCCAGCAAGGGCAUCAACCCCGACGAGGCUGUGGCAUACGGCGCGGCUGUUCAGGGUGGUGUUCUUUCCGGCGAGGCUGGUACUGAGGAUUUGGUGCUGAUGGAUGUCAACCCUCUGACUCUUGGAAUCGAGACCACCGGAGGUGUCAUGACCAAGCUUAUCCCUCGAAACACGGUCGUUCCAACCAAGAAAUCUCAAAUUUUCUCGACCGCCGCCGACAACCAGCCAGUGGUCUUGAUCCAGGUUUACGAAGGCGAACGAUCCUUGACCAAGGACAACAACUUACUCGGCAAAUUCGAACUGACCGGUAUUCCUCCUGCGCCUCGUGGUGUCCCACAAAUUGAAGUGUCGUUCGAGCUGGACGCCAACGGUAUUCUCAAGGUGUCAGCUGCGGAUAAAGCCACCGGCAAAUCGGAAGCCAUUACUAUUACCAACGACAAGGGCCGAUUGACACCCGAGGAAAUCGAACGCAUGGUGGCCGAGGCUGAACAAUUCGCCGAAGAAGACAAACUGGUGCGUGAGAAGAUCGAGGCCAGAAACAAGCUGGAGAACUAUGCCGUCUCGCUCAAGAAUCAGGUCAAUGAUGAAGAUGGCCUUGGUGGCAAAAUUGACGACGAAGAUAAAGAAACUCUUUUGGAAGCCGUCAAGGAGACUCAGGACUGGCUGAGCGAAAACGCCGACACAGCCGAAAAGGACGACUUUGACGAGCAAUACGAGAAGCUGUCACAGGUGGCGUACCCCAUCUCCAGCAAGUUGUAUGGCGGUGCCGGUGGUGCCGGUGGCAUGCCGGAUUAUGGUGAUGAUGAUGAUGAACCUAGUGGCCACGACGAGUUGUGAUGGACAGAGUCUGUCUUUUAUCGUGAGCUUCUUUUUGUUUUUGAUGGUUGCAUGUAGAUUCCUCGACGGGGAAAAUGUCGAGAAUGCAGGAUGCCAGGCGAGAUAUGGCAUGGCAUGGCAUGGCGUUUGAUCUGUCUUUGAUUAGAUACCACAAAAUUGAUCAGUUUCCAACAACAAUA